UCGGGCUUGGGGGGAUUGCCUCUAUGAACCUCAAGUUUCCCGUCUGUGAACAAACAGACUGGGCAAGUCCAGCCCAGCCCUGCAGUGUGCCUGGCCCAGGGUGCUCAGUGCUGGGCAAGGGAAACCAAGGCAGGCGGCUCCGCCCUGCCUGCCGGCCUCAGUCGGCCGCCGGGAGGUCAUGAACGCCAGCGGGUGGCCUCCUCCUCCUCCGCGGCCUGCGGCCCCCGAGGAGACCUGCUCGCAGCUGGCGGCCAGCGGGCACAGCCGCCUCAUCGUCCUGCACUACAACCACUCGGGCCGGGCUGCGGGGCGCGCCGGCCCCGAGGACGCGCUGCGCGGGCCGCUGGCGGCGGUGGGCGGCCUGGUGGUGCUGGGCAACCUGCUGGUGCUGGCGGCCCUGGCCACGCGGCUGCGCGCCCGCCGCUGGGUGCACGUGUGCCUGGCCAACGUGGCGCUCAGCGACCUGCUCACGGGCGGCGCCUACCUGGCCAACGUGCUGCUGUCGGGGCCCCGCACGCCGCGGCUGGCGCCCGCGCACUGGUUCCUGCGCGAGGGGCUGCUGCUGGCCGCGCUGGCCGCCUCGGCGCUCAGCCUGCUGCUCACGGCGGCCGAGCGCCUGGCCACCAUGGCGCGGCCCUGGCGGGCGGCCGAGGCGCGCGCGGCGCGGCGCUCCCGCGUGUUGGGGCUGGCGGGCGCCUGCUGGCUGCUGGCCGCGCUGCUGGGGCUGCUGCCGGCGCUCGGCUGGAACUGCGUGUGCGCCUUCGAGCGCUGCUCGCGGCUGCUGCCGCUCUACAGCCGCAGCUACGUGGGCUUCUGCCUGGCGCUGUUCGCCUGCGCGCUGGCCGCCGUGCUGGGCCUCUACGCGGCCAUCGUCAGGCUGGCCCGGGCCGGCGGCGCCCCCCGGCGCCCCAAGGCGCGGCGGCUGCUGCGCACGGUCGUGCUGAUCCUGGCGGCCUUCGCCGUGUGCUGGGGGCCGCUGCUGGCGCUGCUGCUGGCCGACGCGCUGGGCGCCGGGCUGCAGGCGCACGUCCGCGGCCGGAGCUGGACGCUGGCGCUGGCCGUGGCCAACUCGGCCGUCAACCCGCUCAUCUACACCUGCCGCAGCCGCGAGCUGCGCCGCGCCGUGCUGGGCCUGCUGUGCGCCGGCUGCCUGCGGCUGGGGCUGCGCGGGCCCGGGGACUGCCUGCGCGCGGCCACCGAGCCCCCCUCGGCCUCGGCCUCGGCCACCGACAGCUCGCUGAGGCCCGGGGACAGCUUCCGGGGCUCCCGCUCGCUCAGCUUCAGGAUGCGGGAGCCCCUGGCCAGCGUGUCCAGCGUCAAGAGCACCUGAGGCCUCGGGGAGGACGGCGGACGGACGAGGCGGGACCUGGACGUGGACGUGGACACUGACCCCAGCAGCGCCGGGGACAGGAAACUGGGACUAGGGCGCCGGCUCCUGUGGAUUCAGGGGGAGGCCCACCGUCGCCCCGAGCCUCUGCGGGACACCCCGGUGGCGAGGGCCGGGCUGCGGGGUUUGGACCCUGGGGACACUCAAGUCAAGGACACCGCAGGCUCCUCGGGCCACGCAGUCAUCCGGUGCUGGUGCUCACAGCCGGCGGGCAGGGCCGGCAGCGGCCGUUCCUCAUGGGUGCUGGGGAGCUGGCUGGGAGUGGGGUGCUGCAUGCGGAGCCCUUACAUCUGCUCGCAUGUGCGCGUCUGUGCAUGUACAUGUGUGUGCACCAGCGCACUGUGACAGCCUCUGGCACCUGUCUGUCUGUCUGUCCUCAUUUCCUCUGGGGAAGCCAGGCCCCCCAUCCCCACUCCAUCGUGUGAGGCCCCCUCUCCUUCCUUUCAAUUUUUUGAGACUGUCUCACUGUGCAGUUCAGGCUGGCCUUGAACUCAAGGGGAUCCUCCUGCCUCAGCCUCCUGAUUGCUGGGAUGACAGGGGUUAUGCCACCAUACCUGGCCUCCUCCCACAGCUCUGGCCUUUCUUUGCAUCUUCUGGGGUUCCCUCGGGGGGCCCAGCAGAGAAGCAGAGGCCCAAAACGCUUCCUGUCCCAGUGAGAUGAUGCCCAGCGUUCUCCUUCCAGGCUCACUGCCCCCACUUUCUGCAUCUGUGAAAUGGGCUCGUGGCGGGGCCCACCGUGGCUACAGAGUGUCAUCCCCUUUGAGCUCAGGAGGGGAUGGGUGGUCACUCUGUUCACGCCCUGCCUGGUACUUUAAACAUCGGCCCAGUGAGAUGUAUAAAUGAAGAACGGAACUAACACGAAUCAACACCACCACAGGCCCGAGAUGGCCCAGGGUGAGAGCAGGUGCCGGCUGCCAAUUAGGGCUGACACAGCCUAGCCCUGAGGACUUCCCUGUCCCCUGCUCUGCAGGCGCUGGGGGUGAGGAGUCAGGAGUCGGGGUCACCCGCCUGCUGCCUAAGGGUGCUACGGUGCCACUCUGAGUCGUUAUUUCUCUGCGUGUGGCUGUCGGGGAGUGGUGAUGGCGACCCGCACUGUCCACACCCACAGCCACAAGCACACCACUGCCUCAGAUCAUUAAAAUGAAUGACAUUUGAAA